AUUGAAGCUGAUCUAGUGCAUACUAAAGGUGCACUUCAGAACUAACAUAACGCAAAAUGUGCCUCGACAGCUGCGGACUGUGUCGUGUUUUAAUGAUGAAUAAUCUGACAUGUUUUUCAUUUGUGUUUAAUGCUGAAAAUGACAGUGUUUCCAUCGCGCAUGGCUAAAUCUCCCCUCGAGAUCUGCGUGGAGUCUUCCUGUCAGCAUCCCACUGUUACUAUGAGAUCUGUGGAGCGAGCGCGCCUGAAGGUGAAACAAGAGGCAUUUGAUUCAUCAUGAGUGCAAGCGUUCAGUGUCGAUGGAGUCUCUGAACGCCGUGGAACUCCGUGAACUGGGGGAUGGGAGCAGGCGAGAACCUCCUCAGGCCUCCUCAGGACCGCGGCCUGCCACCGGCAUCGAAAAUGCGUCGUUCGAGGACGAGGAUCCGGGAACGAGGAUCCGGGUUACCUCCAGAACAUCUGGAACUGGCUUCACCCCUCUCGAUUAUCAGUCAAAUCCGUUGCCUAUUCAGAGAGAAGUGCCGUCACCACACUCCGAAGAAGAACCUGAGCUCGAGUAUAACGACCAUUCGGUGGACUACGGGUUCAUUUUCGCACUAAUUUUCCUUGUAAGCGGAAUCAUAUUAGUGGUAAUCGCAUAUACGAUCCCAAGAGAGGCUAAAGUCAACCCGGACCAAGUGACGGCGCGCCAGAUGGAGAAACUAGAGAUGUACUACGCACAACUUGGCUCUCACCUCGACAAAUGUAUUAUUGCGGGACUUGGUUUGCUCACUCUGGGAGGAAUGCUCUUAUCUGUUUUAUUAAUGGUGUCUAUAUGCAAAGGAGAACUGUAUCGCCGGAGAACUUUCGCUAGAAGACCCAUGAAAUCUUAUGGAUCCAUUAAUAUGAGGAUGAGGCAGUUAGCUGAAGGUGAUGGAAGGGAGACUCUCGUGGAAUGUGAACCGAACGUCACCGCAGAUGCCGCAAACGGUAAUCAAGUUCCUACUGGAACUCUGAACACGUAGCACAACCGAAUCACAUUGACAAAUAGAUUUGCGUUCCCAAAAGAAAAUAGUGCUUGCAAGGCAGCAUAAAUAACAUGUUUAUGUAAGUUUAAGUUUUUGGAUUUGAUUAUCAGUAAAUGGCACGUCUCAUCAGAGAUGAGAUGGUUGCUGUUGCCAUGACACUCAGCAUCUGUCUUUUUUGUCUGCUGUGUUGCCAGAUCUCAAAAACUUGGUCUGAAAAAAAACAAAAACAAGCCCAAAUAAAGAAACGUUCCUCACUAAACGUAAGCAAAUAAUAAUAAUAGAAUUAUGAAUAAUUACUCACCCUCAUGUCGUUCCAAACCCGUAAGACUUUCGUUCAUCUUCAGAACACACAUGAAGAUCUUUUUUAAGUAAUCUGAGAGCUUUCU